CAUGGACAUAACCUAUAAUUACCUAGAUUUUGCAGCAAAGUAAUCAUUUACCUAUAACUGGGGCGAUUGGUUUCGCUCAUCAUUGAUUGCUUAAUUAUGUUCUAACAAAGGUCAUGACAGGUUCAGAUUGCUACAAUUCACAUCUUCCUUUCCAAUGAGAUUGAGCAGCUAUAUAUAGAUACACAAGUGUCACUGUCGGUGCUGCAACAGGCCUUGAGACGUGAUUAGACCAUCGGCCGGUUCGGGUUCACUUGGCACUGGUUUCAUUCCCCAGCGGAACCUUCAAGAGAAUGGCGAAUUGUGGAAUAGGAAUAGGAGAAGGAGCCCCCAACUGGGAACUGCAGAAGAUGAAGGACGAAUCCAAAUCUUUGGUGUACACCAGGAGAAGGGGCUAUGAGAUAACCAGGAACCCGCACCUCAACAAGGGCAUGGCCUUUACUUUGGAGGAGAGGCUGCAAUUGGGCAUCCAUGGAUUAUUACCUCCAAGUGUUAUCAGCCAGGAUAUUCAGGUCCUACGAGUGCUGAGGAACUAUGAAAUGACGAAAGAUGACUUUGAACGGUACAUUUUUCUCAUGGCCCUUCAAGACCGAAAUGAAAAGCUUUUCUACAAAGUACUUCUAUCGGAUAUUGAGAGAUUCAUGCCAAUAGUUUACACACCUACUGUAGGCCUGGCUUGCCAACAAUAUGGACUUGCAUUUCGCAGACCAAGGGGUCUUUUUAUUACUAUCCAUGACCGAGGGCACAUUGCAACAAUACUGAAGUCCUGGCCUGAAACUAAUAUUCGGGCUAUUGUUGUCACAGAUGGGGAACGUAUUCUGGGUCUGGGUGAUCUUGGGAGUUAUGGAAUGGGCAUUCCAGUGGGUAAGCUGGCAUUGUACACAGCUUGUGUUGGUGUGAAUCCCCAGCAAUGCUUACCAGUCAUGCUAGACGUUGGCACAAAUAAUGAGGAAUUGCUGAAAGAUCCUCUCUACAUUGGAUUAAGACACAAAAGAAUGAGAGGCCAAGCAUAUGAUGAUCUUGUGGACGAGUUUAUGCAAGCUGUGACUGAGAGGUACGGUCAAAACUGUCUCAUCCAGUUUGAGGAUUUUGGUAACACCAAUGCAUUUCGGCUUCUGAACAAGUACCGCAACAAGUAUUGCACCUUCAACGAUGAUAUCCAGGGGACAGCUGCAGUGGCAGUGGCAGGCUUGCUGUCAGCUCUACGUAUCACCAAGAAUAAGCUGUCAGAUCACACAUUACUGUUUCAAGGAGCUGGAGAGGCCGCCCUAGGAAUAGCACAACUAUCCGUGUUGGCCAUGGAGAAAGAAGGGACGACUCGACAACAGGCUGCAUGUAAAAUCUGGAUGGUUGACUCCAAAGGCCUCAUUGUCAAGGGACGUGCCAACUUGACUGAGGAGAAGUUGCUGUUUGCUCACCCACACCCUGAGGUGAAGAACCUGGCUGAUGCAGUAAAGAUUCUCAAACCUACUGUGCUCAUAGGAGCUGCAGCAAUUGGAGGAGCAUUUACUGAGCAAAUCCUCAAAGACAUGGCAUGCUUCAAUAAGCAUCCGAUUAUAUUUGCUUUGAGCAAUCCAACCAGCAAAGCAGAAUGCACUGCUGAACAAUGCUACCACGUGACUGAGGGCCAAGCUAUAUUUGCCAGCGGAAGUCCAUUUAACCCAGUUACAAUGCCAGAUGGGCGUGUAAUAUAUCCAGGCCAGGGUAACAACACCUAUGUUUUUCCUGGAGUUGGACUUGGAGUGAUAGCCUGCGGCAUGCGACAUAUCGAUGAAGCAACUUUCCUUAUUGCAGCAGAGGCAUUAGCUGAGCAAGUUCUUGAGAAACAUUUGGCUGAAGGACGUUUAUAUCCCCCGCUUAGUAACAUCCAAGCUGUUUCCUCAACUAUGGCAGUGAAGGUUGCUGAGUAUGCUUUCAAAAAUGGAAUGGCUUCAGUGUACCCAGAACCUGAAGACAAACGAUCCUUAAUCAAGUCCCUGAUUUAUAGCACCGAUUAUGAUGAUUUUGUACUUGAUGCCUACACAUGGCCAGAGGAAGCCUCAAGGAUUCAAACAGUAGAAAAGCAUUGUAUGUAGCAUUACAGAGGGUCUAAUAGUUUAAAUUACUAGAGAAAUAAAUUAGUAGGUUUAAUUUUCAAUUUUGCAGUUUGCUGUAGGUAUCUAGGUUUCAUUUUCUAAUAUAAAUAUAUCUCCUGCAACUAAAAAUAUUUUUCCAGUAAUAAAACAACCCUUACAACUAUAUAUUUCUGUACUAAUUAAGUUAAUAUUUGUUUUAAAAUUAGGACCCAUUACAAGCAAUAGUGGCAUGACCAAAGGAGGACAUUAAAUAUGACCCCCACUAAUGUCCUUGUUUAAAGUUGCUUAAAGAGUCAGAUUCAGAUUCAAUCUUUAUUGUCAUUGUGCAGUGUACAGUACAGAGACAAUGAAAUGCAGGUCGUUCUUUGUGCUGAAAUGAUCUAAUGCUGGUACUUACAUUUUUUGCCAUUUCAGUCGAGGGCAGCGCAAGGUAACACUGAAAGUGGUAACUUGAAGCAUUGUCACCACUUUGCUGAGUGCUUUUGAAAUGUCUAUAUUGAAAUACUGGUCGAAUCCGUGAGAUCAGUGGAAUUGGCAACAGUGGGAUUGGUGGACAAGGGGUGAUGAGUUCACAGUUAAAGGUGAUGCGGAUUUUCUGCACCUUUUGAUUUUAUGCAUCUUUGUUGUUCAAUGGAAAAUGAUGCAUGUGAGCAGUGUUGACAUCUUAACAUCAAAGCUGGGGAAAGCUGCAUCAUUCCAUAUGCGUCCGGUUAGGAAGCCAAUAAAAACUGUCUUUGACAAGGCAGAAGGAAUGCUGAUGUCCCUCCAGACUCUGUAAGGAAGCCACCUAUGGCUCUGAGCCUCUACCCUACCAUGACUCCCAAUAUCCUACCAAGCCCCUCAUCAACACACCAACUUGCAUCAGGUACCAUUCCUGCAGGUCCCUCGAAUGUAGCCUCCAUGCUCUCCAAUUGGUAUCACUAUACAGCCUUUUCCCAAAUUCAGUGGUUGGGAUAUUUGCACCCCGUUUGCUUUUGCAGCCCAACCGUUAAUAUUGUGUUAAUCUGUCACUGUCUGAACCCAGAUGGCUUGCCUAUUCCCCCUAAUGAUAGUAAAAUCAGACAAAAUGUGUAGGAGGGAGAUGCUGGUGUAAACUGUAGAUAGACACAGAAAGCUGGAGUAAUUCAACGGGACAGGCAACAUCUCUAGAGAGAAGGAAUGGGUGAUGUUUUGGGUCUGAAGAAAGGUCUUGAUUCGAAACAUCACCCAUUUCUUCUCUCCAGAGAUGCUGCCUGUCCCAUUGAGUUCCUCCAGCUUUUUGUGUCUAUCUACAUAGUAAAAUCAGAGCCUUCUGUUUACUUGGUUAAGCAUCUGGAUCUUUAAUUAAAAAAAAAACAUGAAGCAUUUUCCAGUAUGAAUUGAAAAAUAACAUGUUGCUGGAUGUCAGCUAUUGCUGCUGUAGUGAAUGGUGAGUUAUGUAUUGUACUUUUUUUUGUGGGUGGUGGCUAGAAUAGCAAGUUUGAGGCAAAAUAUGUUGAAGAUACUACUAUCAACAAUUAUAAACAUUUAUCUGAAGAUUUUUCAACAAAACAUAAACCAAACUAUUUGUUUGCAAACCGAGCUUUAUUUUAUUCUUAGUCAUCUUGCUUUGAUUUAUUUCAGCCUAAAAAACACCAAAUUGAUUUUUUUAAGUGAUGGAACUGAUUUAAUAUGGGAUUAUUUUCCCUGCAUUAGUUUAAGGAAUUCAAGGAUGCCUUAAAGUGA